UGGCCUGAAUAAAGGCUGGCAGAGACUGUGUGAUCCGGGACAGUAGGCUGACCUCACUCACUGUUUGAUUUUAGGGGAACAAAAAGGACGAGCUGAUAAAAAACAAAACUGGCAACAUGGCUGUGGCGGGCUGCACGAAAUGCAUUAAAUAUAUGUUAUUUUUCUUUAAUUUUAUUUUCUGGCUGGCUGGAGGUGUGAUCUUAGGAGUGGCCCUGUGGCUCCGCCAUGACAGUCAAACCAGCAACCUUCUCAUACUCCAGUUUGAAGGCCACCAGGCACCAGGCACCUUCUACAUCAGUGUGUACAUACUGAUCGCUGUCGGGGCUGUGAUGAUGCUCGUGGGCUUCCUCGGUUGUUACGGUGCCAUUCAAGAAUCUCAGUGCCUGUUGGGGACAUUCUUCUUCUUCCUGGUGAUCCUCUUUGCUUGUGAAGUGGCUGCAGCGAUGUGGGGGUUCAUGAACAGGGACACAAUCUCCAAAGAACUCAUCAACUUCUACGACUCGGCGUACAUUAAAGCUGUGGACGUCUCAGGCUCUCCCAGCAAAGACUCUGCCAUCAAGGUGCUGAGUGCUUUCCACACUACGCUCGACUGCUGUGGUAAAGGAGACGACACUGUUCUCUUCAAACAAGUUGUCGGCACUUUGUGUCCCACAAAGACUGCAGAAGAUUUUCUGAAAUCUCAGAGCUGUCACGACAAACUGAUCGAGCUGUUCUCUGACAAGCUCUACGUGAUCGGUCUGGCUGCCUUGGUGGUUGCUGUCAUCAUGAUCUUCGAGAUGAUCUUCACCAUGGUGCUCUGCUGUGGGAUCCGUAACAGCCCUGGAGUAUACUAAAGAAAUCAGCCGAGCAUCAGCCUUUUAUUUUAUUAUGUGUUUCUAUGCAUCAGCUCCUCUUUCUUCUGAUUAUAACAUGUCAAGAUGGAUCUUUUUAUUCUAGAUUAAAAAAUAGUUUUUAAUAUCGCUAAUCCAUCAUCUUUCUUACACAGCAAUUUAGCCUCUCUCAAUCAGGUGUUCGUUAUUUAUCACUCUUCAUAUGAAUCUUUUAUACAAACAAUGUGUUGUGAAAUAUUUCUCCGAGGUCAUAAUGCUGUUUUUAAUGGAUGUAUAAAUUGUAUAUAUGCUUAUCAUUUGUUAAUAACACUUUGGAGAGUGCAUGUGUUCCCUGGUUGUUUGUGUCUCUGCAGUCUUUCAGUGUUAUUAUUUAAGCAGCAGGGUUUCAGUGGUCUGAGAUGAUGCGCUGUCUUACUCUAAUGAUUAUCAGGAUGACGAGUUGGCCUGUGUUUUUUUUAGUUGACUGUGUGUCUUUGAGCCUAAUGAACCAUCUUCAUGCUGUCUCUUCUUUAUUAACUUGUGAAACACCCGGCCUCAAAUAAACAGUACUUACUCAACCUGUUUUAAUAAUGCUAAUAAAUUAUGUCACCUUUCUUUUAU